CAAACAUCACGUUUUUGAAUUUUUCUAUUCUGCUAGACUUAUUUUCGUGUCAUUGGUCGUUUAACUUUGCGGUAAUAAAACUAACGAACAGAGAAGUCAAUUAUGACAUUUAUACACAUCAUUUUCGUUUGAUUACUCUUUCAAAUUCGGAUGUUUAAACAAAAGAAAUAGGAACUAGUUCGAUGCUUGCUUUGUCGCUUUCUAACUUUACGCCGUGAUAAGUCAAGUUAUUUAUUAAAUUAAUUAGUAAUGCAGUGUUUUAAGCCUCCUGCUCAUCGACUAAAUUUCAAUCGAAUGAAAGAAGACGAUUUGGUCAAGAGCAAUAACUUUUUGAAUUCUUUUCCCUUCCAUUCUAUACAUUUGUUUGUACCUAAUGCAAAAUUUCAGAGUGAAUGUGAAAACAUACUGUCAUCAAAACCUGACGUGUACUUCAUUUGUAAAGAUGUCACAGCUUCUUCUCUGUUGGAAAAAGAAUUUGUGGAAUAUUUUGUCAAGAAAGGUUCUCUCUGGGCUAUUACUCAAAAUGAUAAUGCAGAAACUGAAAAUUCCUUAGCUGUUUUACCAUCAGGCAAACUGGUAAUAUCAUUAGAGACGGAGAUCGCCGAGUGCUUGUCAUUGAACAAAAUAGGUUCUAAAAAAAAGAGGAAAAAGGAAAAAAGCUUCACAAGUUAUGAAAUUAGUUUAAAGACGAUUACUUCAACCUCAGAGAAAAAAAUAUAUGAGAAGACAUUGUCUGAAUUAGCAAAAAUUAAUCAUAUAUCUUUUACAAUUUGUCUGAAGUGGAUACCUUCAGAAAACGUAUGUCCACAAUCCAUCAAAACAUACUUUGAAACGCACGGCUACAAGUACCUAGUUUGUGAGCCUUCUCACACACAUGCAUCUAAACAUUGCAUUCCUGCACCUCUCAUCACUUCUGAAGCAUUUGAAUCGGAUACUUGUGAACAUAUUUUGGAGUGGAUUGGAGCUCUGACAUGCGGAGUUGAGUAUUCUGAAUCUCUAGACAAUUAUACCAGUAAAUUCACAGUACCAGAGCCAUCUAGUGUUAUAGACAAAUUACAAAUUGAUUCUUGGAAGGGAUUUUAUUCAAAAGCAGACUUUAUUCAUCUUCAUCAGGAAAUUAAGAAAAUAUUUAUGAAAAAUUCCUCGACCCAGUUUGUUGCUGUGUGUAUUGAUGGUUAUCAAGAUUGUUACCUAGAAUGCAGUGGUUUUGGCCAUUUCAGUGCAGCUGAUAAACUUGCUUGCAUAAUUUUUUUCCCAUCGGCAGAUUGUUGGGUUUUAACACUAAAUUUAAGAUGAAUGUUACAAUAAAACAUUUUAUAUUAGAUUGACUUUUUUUUUCUGUAGCCUAUUUU